AUGGAUUUGAAGCCUAAAGGAUCUGCUGCUGUUUUCGUUCUCCUGGUUCUUUUCACACUCAGCAAGUUCAGCGAAGCACAAAACCUUUGCUCGGUGCCAGAUAAUUUGCUGGUAAUUCUUAUUCCGGAAAACAACGCUAUUGGAGUCGUAGUUACAACACUCAAUGCUGAGGAUGGGGUGAUGGCCAGAAUCACUAGUCAAAAUCCAGAGGGUUUCUUCAGCAUCAGUGGAUACGAUCUCAUUGCUGAAACUGUGCUGGACUAUGAGACAUUUAACCCGAGCAAACCUCAUGAGGUGCAUAUUGAGUGUACAAAAGCUGGCUCUCUCUCUACCACACUGAAUCUGAAAAUAGCCGUUGAGGAUAUAAAUGAUAAUCCACCAGUGUUUGCAUACAGUCAAUACACACUAAACGUUGAUGAGUUGUCAAAAGUGGAUACCAGUGUUGGCCUGAUCACAGCAACCGAUCCUGAUAAAAAUGAUAGACUUUACUACCAACUGGAUUCUCCUGAGGGAGAAUAUGCCCUGGAGGCCAAUUUCAAUCCCAACAUUCUGGUGAAAAAGUGUCUGGAUUAUGAUGAAGUUAAAAAAGUCACAAUGAUGCUAUAUGUGCAGGACACACCGAUUGGAUCUACAGCUAGAGUCUCCCACACUGCCUCCGCCACCAUUGUAGUCAAUAUCAUAGACAUUGACAAUCGUCCACCAUGGUUCCAGCCCUGUACAGAAACUGAGAUUGACACAAGCAAAAUCUGCUUGAUGUCUGGUUAUAACGGGAAUGUCAACUUAAACGAACAAGCGGUGAGUCCUUUGUCCUUGGAGCCAGGUCCACUCUUGGCCAUUGAUGGCGACAAAGGCAGGAAUGAUCCUAUUGUUUAUAUAUUUCUUGGAGGAAAUGAGGGAGGUAUAUUUGAAAUCAACACUGACACCGGGAGCAUCACAAUGCAGGAACCAGUAAAAGAGGCAGGAACAAUUGUUCUUUCAGUCAUGGCAUAUCAGAAGGAGAACGCUGAUCAGUUUGCCACCACUACAGUCAUCCUGAAGGUGGUGGAAUCCACCAAUUUCCCUCCGACCUUUGUGAAGUCCAGUUAUGAAGGCUUUAUCUCAGAGGAUGCGGGUGUGGACAGCCUGGUGCUGGAGAGCAAAACAUCCAACAGACCCCUCAGAGUACAGGCUACAGAUGAAGACUUUCCUAGUGGCAUUAAUCCUAACCUCAGAUUUGAGAUUGUUGACGGCACUGACUUCUCAAUCACUCAAGAGGGUUUCAUACUCAUGGCGAAGACGGUUUCCCCAGGCACUGUAAAUUUAGAAAUGAGGGUGGUUGACACAACCAAUGAAGAAUCAAGCACCGCUUCUCUUACGGUUGAGGUCACUCCAGGGGUUCCCACUACCACUCCUGCCACAACUAUCAUGACUUCAUCCAUUAUAACAACAGAGAGCACUGCUAACACAAAGCCAACAGAAAUCACCACUGCCACCUCGCACCCAGGUAUCACCACAACUACGCGCCCCAGCACAGAGGGACAGCAGGUGAAAACGGGUGAGUUCAGUUCGGGCGAUAUGGCGGCUGUAGGGGCCUCUUUGGCUGUGGUUGUCGUUCUCUGCUUAGUUUGCAUUGGAUUGAUGGUGCACCGCAUCAAGGGCCAUAACGCAGACUGGAAGAAGCUUUCUGAGGCUAGCGUCUUUCAGAGCACACUCGGUGGAGGCUCAGGUGGUCCUAAAGAGGGUGUGCAGUACAGCAAUGGGGGCUUCCAGCACGAUGAUGAUUCUGGGAGUGUGAACAGUAAGAUAGCUGCAGACCUGGAGAACAAACUGGAGUCCGGACUAAAGCCGCAGCAGAGACGCGGGUCAGCGCAGAAGACGACGACCCCCAGCAGCCCUCCACCCGACUCCAGCAGCCUGGCAGAGACCAUCGACAGUGAGAAGGAAGUCAAACCAAUCCUGACCAAAGAGCGGCGCAAUGAGGAGGGCUACAAAUCGGUUUGGUUUAAGCAAGAUAUCGACCCCAACACCAAAGAGGAAGUGGUCAUCAUUCCCGACACCGGUGAAGCGGAUGGAGACCGUGAGGAAGAUGAUGACAGCGAGGGUGAAAACAGCCCUGACGGGGAUUCUGAUGAUGAGGAAGGAGUGUCGUCAGAUUUGUAGACCGUUUCUCCAGUGCAACAACUGCAAAACACAAGGACUUGAGUGUCAAAUGUUAGACACUUUAGUACAGU